AUGUCAAUUGUACCUUUAGAAGUUAUUGAAAGUGGAGGUUUCGCCAACGUAACAACAUCUGUCUUUCUUCCAAUAUUGAAUUUAAUUUGUAGAUUAGUUCAUGAUUCGUUGCAAAUACAUGCAAGAUUAUUAUCCGAAAGUGGUCAAUUGGUGGAAUGGAGUUUAUUUCUUGCUAUUCAAGUGACAGCAGGUAUUACAACAUUUGCCAUGUAUAUUAAUUUCAUUUCACUAUUCGAAAUUAUUUUCUUUGUUCAGAGAUUAUUUUGGAAAACUGCAAGACUUUUAAGAGCCAUUUCAAACAAGACACAUAGAAUUAUUGAAAUUAUCAUUCUAAUAGCAAAUGUUGUGGUUGUAAUUAUUGGAGUUUUGGUUGUGGUUGCAGUUUCUGCAUUGUAUGCAAUUAAGAAAUUCGAAAUCAUUUCGAAUAACUACUUGACCUAUGCCUUCGUUGCAUCAUUUAUUGCAAUUUUCAUUAUUCUAAUCUUCCUCAGUUCAUUAAUUAUCACUUCAGGAAUUCUCGUCAUGCGAACCAUCAAACAAACAACACGAAACGUCACUCAAUCUAUUCGAAACACUUCACUUUCCGAUACUCAAAACUCUGCUCCCACCAACAGAGCUUCCUUUGAAAUCAAAUCAUUUGAAAAACGAGUCCAAUCUCCCUUCAAAAUAACUUUCGGCUUACUUUUAGGAUUAUUAUUGUGCAUUCUAUUGGAAAUAAUUUCUUUGGCUCUCGCCUCCACCGUAACUUCAUCCGAAGAUUUCAAGGCAAUUUGGCACUUUUUCAAUUGUUUGGGAGUUUUGAUUUAUGCAGUGCUGUUAAUGUUGCUUUUCUAUCCAAUGUUUUUGGAUUCGGAAAAUGCAUUGAAGGAAAUUGAGAAGAGAAAUGAGUUGAUGAAUUCGAGCAUUGUUGUGAAAAUUGAAAAUUCUGCAAAUUCUUCACAGAUUUCAUUGAGUAAGGAAGAUGUGUGA